AUGGAAGAGCCGCUACUUGGUAAAGUCCAUUUACCUCCUUACUGCCCUCCAUUAACAAAUGGUAACCUCAAAGCCCAUAUUCUUACUAUAAACGUCGGCGGGCGAAGGGCCAAGCUGGAUGCGGAAUUGCUUUGCUCCCGGGUUGAUGGAGGUCGUUUGGGUGGAUUUGCGCGGAAAACCCAUGUCGAAAGGUUAACAGAAUGUGAUGCGUUUUUUGAAGGCGGAGAUGAGUACUACUUUGAACGCUCGCCGGCUAUUUUUGAGUACAUUGUCGAUUUUUACAUCACAGGAAAACUCCACCGACCUAUGGAUGUUUGCCCAUUUCGAUUGAGAUACGAGCUGGACUACUGGCGGAUUCCUGUACAUCUACUGGCGUCCUGCUGUGUGAUAGAAGACGCGUCGGGGAGAACUAGAGGUACCACCCCAGCCGCUACCACAACUGCGAUCGCUCACGAACAAUGCUCGGCGAUGCUGUUCGAGAAGGUUGUAUGGGGGAAGCAACGAUAUGCACUUUACAGGUUCCUCGAAAAUCCGCGAAGCUCCAUGGCAGCCAAAGUCUUCUCAAUUUCAUCAGCCCUUUUUGUACUACUCUCUCUUGCAGGCCUGAUCAUGAGCUCCAUCCCCGAACUUCAAGAUGACCAAAAAGAACCCAUCCGAGGGUUGAUUAUCCUAGAAUAUUGCUGCAUGAUUUGGUUCACCCUGGAAUAUUUGGCGCGAUUUUUGGUGAACCCGAAGAAGUGGGAAUUCGUCAGCUCUACCCUAAACAUAAUCGAUUUAUUCACAAUUUUACCGUUUAUAAUUGAAGAAUUUCUGCCAUUAAAAUGGAUGAAGGAGAUUCGAGGUGCUAUGUUGGUGAUUCGGGUGAUGCGAUUAGCCCGGGUGGCACGUAUUUUUAAAUUGGCUCGCUACAGUACAGGAUUACGCGCUUUCGGGCAAACGAUGAAGAAGAGCGCGGCUGAGUUGUCGAUGCUUGGAAUGUUCCUCGUUACAGGAAUUAUGCUGUUUUCGACGGCCAUCUACUUUUUCGAGCGGGACGAGCCGAACUCGAAAUUUUAUAGUAUUCCGGCGGCGUGUUGGUGGUGCGUCAUCACGAUGACUACGGUUGGGUAUGGAGACUUGGUGCCGGUGACGACAGGUGGUAAAGUGGUGGCCGCGGUGGCGUCGGUGUGCGGUAUCAUCGUGCUGGCGUUCCCGAUUUCGAUGAUCAUCGACAAGUUCGCCGAGUCGACGGGGCAUUGGGGCACCGAUGAUGAGGAGCCGCCGCUCUCUAGUAGGCGGAAUAAGAGCAAGAGG